AAUGUAAUGUGACCGUCGUGAAAGAGAUUGGUAUUGGACUGCUUCUCAAGCUAUGGAAAAUAUGUUUUAACAAACAGGAGGGUACGUGUUGACUAGUGGGGGUACGUGUUGACCAAACAUCGGGUACGAGUUAACCAAAUCGGGUACGAGUUGACCGAAGAAACCACUGAUUGGAAGGUUAAAUGGCACUGGAUACUCGUUGGGAUGAAAGCGAAGUCAAAGAGAUUGCAUCACAUUUACAUGAUGGCAGAUUGGUUGAACUUAGCACAUCCUUUCUUAUGCAGUUAAAAAAAUGUUCCGACCUUACUGACAAGGGCGGUGGGUUCGGUAAAAUAUAUGUUUCUCGCGAAUCAAUCCCUGGAUUCAAACAACGUCUAGUCUUAAAGGAGAUUGGAGGAGACCAAGGGAACAACAAAUCUCAGUCUCAACUUUUAAGUUCAGUUAAAAAUGAGAAGCUGGCAUCACGCGUGAGACAUUUUGCUAUUGUUCCACUGCUAGCAUACCACGACGACAUUUCGAUUGGGAAAUAUUACUUGAUUUCACCGUAUUUUGAAAACAAAGACUUGUUCGAUGCAAUACAAUCUGACAAUGGAGACACGAUUCUUCUUAACUGGAUAACAAGGCUGAAAGUGAUUUACCAGAUAGCCUGUGCAAUCGACUAUAUGCAUACACCGAACUCUUUCCGGGGGACCAUUCUGCAUUUGGACAUCAAGUCAAAAAAUAUCGUUCUUGACAAAAAGUACAACGCUCGAUUGAUAGAUUUUGGCUUAUCGAGAGAGUCCAUGGCAGGAGGAAAAAUUACGACAGCGCAUUUCUCAGGAACGGAAUUAUACCGACCAAUAGGUUGUUACAAACCGAGCCCCCUACUGGAUUAUUAUGCUUUCGGCGUUGUAAUUCGAGAACUUUUAACCGGCCUAUGUCCAGAUGGAACAGGACCUGAGGCAGCAGACGCACCCCAGACACCAUUGGGACGGUUGGAUAUGCUGAAUUUUGAAGUUUAUAUACAGAAGCGCAUAUGGAACGUUGAUGUCUGGGAGAAUUUAUCAAAAAUAGCUGAUCGGUGCAUUUCUGGUUGUAACGACAAAGACAAACAAAUAACAUCAGAAUCAAUGCGCUCAUCUUUGAAGUCGAUUGUAACAAGAGAAGGAACACAAGAGUGGACGGUCUUGGGGGACGAUAAGUGCGAAAUAUGUGUGGUGAAUAAACAAUUGGAGCAAGAAGAUAGUUUUGUUGGCCAAGUAACCGGAAAAUAUCACGCUUCUUCCUGCACGACAAGGAUCAAAACAUGCUGUGCCUGCAUGCGGAAUGGGUACAUAAAUCCAGUCAAGUGUCAAGGGUGCGAAAACGAGAUCAAAGCCAUUAUUGGAAAUGGAUGGGGCGCCAUUUUAAUAGCUGGAUAUGACGAAGACAACAGUUUCUUUCAAAAAGAUGUGAAGGUGUUUGCGCAUGCUAUAUCAUCGAAGGUUCUACCAUCAAUGUGUGUUAGUACUUUGAUAGUUAUUGAUCCGGCAAGUAAUAAAGCAUGGCCUGUGUCGGCAAGGAUUCAUGAUGCGUUUGAGACUAUGGCCAAACGAGAUAUCCACACGUUUGUGUUCCUCUACUCAGGACAUCACGGCAAAACAGGAUUUCAAGUUGGCAUGAAUGAAUAUUUCAGCAUACAGCAACUUAACGACAGCAUACAAAAAUGUACAAAUAUUGAAAAAGUCAUAGCUUUUAUGGAUUGUUGCCAACCGGAGGAAAUCAAAGUUAACAAAGAUCAAAGACUCAUUCAGUUUAACGCAACAAGUAGUGCGACUGACGUCAUAUGGAAACAAGGACAACACAGUUAUUUUACCAAGGUGUUGGUACAGGCGUUCACAAUGAAAGCUUCAGGUGGCAAAUGUGAAUGUUUGGGUUGUGAAUGUUUCAUAGAUGGAAACUUCAUAACGAUCGAUAAAUUAAAGAAUUAUAUUGAGAUACAUAGAAAAAACGGGCUUCUACCUCACGAUCCUCAUUGGUGCGUUAGCAAAAUUGAUUGGUGUAAUGAAUACCUUGCAUACAAUUACUCAUAUAAAGUGGCAUUUCAUUUCGAGAUUAUUCUUCCAAUACCGUUUACGGCAAAACAGACACACGAGGUUUUGGCAACAACUGUGGUAGACUACCAGGAUCUGAUACAAACAAUCCUUUUCCCGCGGUUUGCUAACUUAUUGCGAGAACAACUGAAUACACAUGGAAAAUCUAUAUCACGUACAGACACUGAUGCUGAUGUAUUGUGCAUUGUUUAUGAGACGGGCCCAACAAGUUGUGAAGAGGUAGAUAACAUAGAAACACUUCUGCUGGCAUGGAACUCAAAGCGUGUGUUGUCUUGCAAGUUACGGUUCUCUCAGACCAGCAAUUUUGAUCAACCGUUUGGCUUUUUCCUGGAAAACGGUACAUCUGUAAAGGAUAACAUAUAUGAAAAGAACGAAUUUGAGCUCAAAGAAAUGGAGAAUAUCUUACACGAAUUACAAGAUAAAAACAAAAAGUGCAACAUACCAGAAAAAGCGUUAACAGAUUUUAUUUUAAACGUGUCUUCAUUUAUAAACUGGUGUAACCAGACCAAGCUAAAGCAUCGAAAAUUGAAAAUUCGCUUUAUUGAUCUCUUUGAGGAAUGUUCCAGCUGCGUCGUUCAUCUUUUGUUGAUCGCUCAAGAUACUCAUGACAGCUCGCCUUCAAUUAAGAUGAUUGAAAAUAGUUUCAAGAACAGCGAUUCAAACUAUCGACCAAGUAUGGUAGGCAUUCAUGGCUUUCCAUCCUCCUAUGAUGCAAUGAUUACCAAGACAAUGAAGGAUGAAUUGCAUGACGGAAGACUCACAGAACUUCCCAAUGAGAUGGUCGAGGAGUUAAAGACUAGGAGUACUACACUUGCGGGCCAAUUCGGUAAAGUUUACAUAUCUAAAGAUCGAGUCCCAGGAUUCAACGGAAGAGUUGUCCUAAAAGAAAUCGAUCUGACAGCAGGGGAAUAUGAAUAUGCGCCAUCAAUUACAAACGCGAAACUUGCGGGACGCUUGAAACAUUUUGGAAUUGUCCCUUUACUGGCAUAUUAUGAUGAUAAUGUACAAGGGAAAUAUUACUUGUUAACGCCCUAUCUCGAGAACGGGACCCUUUUUCAAGCCAUUGCAGAUGACGAUGUUCGCCUAGAGUGGCAUAUCAGGGUAAAAAUCAUGUAUCAGAUCGCAUGCGCCAUUGACUUUAUGCACACCGGAAAUAAAUUUCGGAGAACAGUUUUACAUAUGAAUAUUAAGUCCAAAAACAUUGUCCUGGAUACACUCUUCAAUGCACGACUGAUUAACUUUGGACUCGCAAGAGAGUUUAAAGAAGAUGAUGCUACGUCGAUUAUUACAACCGCGAGUGGAGGAACUCCGGGUCACUACGGUCAAUACCACAUCAUGCUGACAAAAAACCAUGAUUAUCAUAACUACGGAGUAGUUUUGCUUGAAUUGAUUACUGGCCUUCAUGCGUGUACGACCGUGGAUGGGCAUCAACUUCGGCAAUGGCCUACAAGCCUUGUGCUUAGUAAACAGGACUCGGUUUGGAAUAAAAACACAGAUGUAUAUAAACUACCUAAUAAACUAGCUACAAUAGCAGCAAAGUGUGUUGAAAGCGUCACAACAGAGACUUCAAUUAAACUAGAACAAAUCAGGAAUUAUUUAAAGGACAUAUGCAGAAAAUGGACUGUUUCCAAGUGGGAUUACAUAGAAGGAAGUCGUUGCGAAAUAUGCUUGAUAAAUGAUGCAAUUGAAGUUGGAUUUGACGGUCAUGGCUUUGGAUCUAAUUGUUUGAGACAUAUCCGCAUUUGCUGCUCAUGUAUGAGGAAUUCAUACAUAAAUCCAAUUGAGUGUCAUACAUGUGGGGAAACAAUCGAACCAUUCAUUAAUGCAAGCUGGGGUGCCAUUUUGGUUGCUGGUUAUCAUGAAAUAGACGGGGAUGUUUUCAAGAAGGACAUCAGGCAUUUGAAGGAAGUAAUAACAUCUAAGUUAGUACCUGUAAUGUGUAUAAAUACAGAAAACGUGAUUAUUCCGAAAAUCGACAUGGAAUACACAACACCUGAUAGACACUUAGAUGAGGCAUUUGAAAGGCUUUCCGAACGGAAUAUUCAGACGCUGUUGUUUGCAUACUCUGGGCACUAUACUGAUGGUGGUUUUAAAGUUGGCCCUAAUGUCAAUUACCCCUUUAUUAGAAUAUGCGAUAAACUCAACACGUGGAAUGCAGACAAACCAGAUUUUAGAAAAGUGAUUGCCUUCCUAGACUGCAGUUACCCAACAAGAAUGGCUUUGAAUAAUUCUUUUAAGCUAAUUCAGUUCAAUGCUGCCUCUCAAACGCAGCAAGCAAUAUAUUCACGACAUGGCAGUUUAUUUUUGCAGGACGUCAUCCAAGCAUUUACGAUACGUGCUAUUGGUAAAGAAUGCGAGCAUGAUGGAUGUAAAUGUAAAGAGCGUAUCCAAGGCGAUUUUAUAACUUACGAUGAUUUGUGGAGAUAUCUUAACGAACAUGAAAAACAAGGUUAUUACCGUGGAGUCAGGCCGUGUAUACAUACAUCAAACAUUGAACAGGAAGACUCGAUCUUAGCCUAUAACUGCGACUUAAAAGUGAACGUUGCAAUCACGGUAGAAUGGGACGAGAUACCGUCAAAGACCAUACAUGUCGCCCUAAGAGAAUUUAACGAAUUUGUAGACGUUAAAUUGAUUCUUGCUUCAAACGUUUUGAAACACGUGUAUGGUAUUGAUGCUGUCGGCAGAGAUAUCAUGUCUAAAUUUGCUGAGGACAUAAGUGUAGAAAUUAAAACUGGCCCUAAUACCGACGAAGUUCAAGAGAUUGACAAUUUGGAAAUGCUGCUGCAUGCUUGGAACUCUAAACGGCAGUUGAUAUGUACGGCCCGUCUUUUACACAACUUAGACGUGGGUAAACCAGUUGGUCGCUGUUUAAAGGAUGUUCCUGGCAUACGAGAUGUACAUCAGGCUGUUCUUCAGAAAUGCGAUAUAACGGAACAUCACCUGACAGGAGCUAACCUUUUGAAAUAUAGGCAAGAGCUGGGAAAACAAACUCAAAUUACAAGCCAAUACACGCAGUUGAAACAUGCUGUGGACAUAAUCGAACAUACACACAAACAGGACACAGCUCUGUGCAUUUCUUUCUUUGAUCUGUCGAAGGGCUACACCCUGGUCCACAUGAAUCUAGUAAUGUUCAUUGAUGACGAGGAAGAUUGGCCGCAGUAGAAUAGACUAUGUUAAGUUAUUCGAUUAUAGUAUUUUGCUUUAAACCGGGUAGAUAUUAAAGUGCAUUUGUUAGUUUAAUGAAUUUAAGUGUGAAAUAAAUAUAUGAAAAGAAGUAAUUCACAAACACAUGAUUCAAUGUUUUUUUAAGUGUUACUUCCGUGAAAUAUCUCAUGAUUAAGCAUUUGUUUUGAUAAAAAAGACUUACCUAAAAUAUAUUCAUAAAACUAGUCAAUACAACAAAAAGUUAUUGCGAGUCUAUAAGUUUGUGUUGAUUUCCGUGUUCAGGAAAAUAAAUAUGUUCAAAUAUGGUAUUCCUUCGUACGUUAUUUUAUAAUAUUUCGAGUAUCAAGUGUUCCCAUUGUCGGAUCUGCAUUUUCGCAACCUCGCGGGAAUUACUUUGUUGUUUUUUUUGCAAAAGUGUAGAAUACAGCACAUUCGCGAAUACACGAUACAUACAUAAAUAAAUAAAUAUAUAGCGUGCAUGUGUGCGUGUGUGUGUGUACGCGUGUGUGCGUGUGUGUGUGCGCGCGCGUGUGUGUGUGUGUGUGUGUGUGCGUGCGUGCGUGCGUGCGUGCGUGCGU